UCACUAAUUUUCUUAAUAACUUCUCUAAUGUUUUUGUUUACCAGUUGAAGGUUUGGUGAAAUUCGUAAACAAGCAGGAAUUAAAUAGUUGUUAAAAUGGCUAAAGCUUCUGCAACAUUAGCACAAAGUAUGAGAAUGCAACCGCCGCCUGGUCUAAAAGCACUUAUUGACUACUGUCAAAGUGUUUAUCCAGACCAACCAAAUCCCUUGCAAGUAACAACAGUGCUGAAAUAUUGGCUUGGUGGGCAGGACCCUUUGGACUAUAUUAGCAUGUAUGACAAUAAAGGAGAUCCAGAAAAUGGAAUUCCGCCUCAUUGGCAUUAUAUAAGUUUCGGUUUAAGUGAUCUACACGGAGACGGUCGAGUACACACUCGAGAAAUAAAUGAUGAUCGUUCGGGAAUGGGGUUCGAAUUAACGUUUCGUCUUAUUAAAGAGUCAGGUGAGGACACUUCAGGAAAAUCUAAACAGCCACCAACAUGGCCAGCAAACUUAUUACAGGCGAUAGCUCGUUAUUGCUUUCAGACAGGUAAUAUGUUGUACUUUGGAGACAAUAUACCUUGGCGGAAAAGUUUAAAUGGAAGCGCUACAUCGUGUAUUAAAAACAUACUUAUAACGCAAGAUGCCCAAUUAAAUAAUAUUCACACGGCAUUUGGCACAGUCGAAUUUUGUCAAAUAGUUGGUGUUACCGAUGAGGAACUUGAACAAGCAUCUCGUUGGAAUGGACGGGGUGUUCUGAAUUAUUUGCAACAAGACCUACAGACGGGUGGGAAAUGGUGGAUUACCAACAUGAAUCGUUCUCUUAGUGUAUUUGAGCUAUUCCCAGAAUUAUUAUUAGAUUUGCAAGAUGAUUUGGAAAAACAAGGAUCCGAUUUAGCUGGUGUUAAUGCAGAUUUUACUUUUCGUGAAUUUCGGGAGCAACAAUGUAUCAAGAAGGAAAUAACAUCAGAUAGUUUAAAUGAGCAAUGUGUUUCCGAUGAAAAUAACUCAGUGGAUAAACCUCAAGUAAAGUGUGAAGACUUAAGUUUCCCACAAUCAAUGUCAAUGAGUAGUAGCUCGUUGCAUAAAUCUUGCCCUCUUAGUUAUCAGCCGUAUUCGGCCGAUUCAAUAUCAUUGGAUGGAAUUGAAAUCACUUUGGCUCCGUAUGCAGCAAAGUAUCUUAUAUUAGCAAUAAAAGACCGCAUUCGACAUGGCCGUCAUUUCACAUUUAAAGCACAACAUUUAGCGCUAACACUAGUGGCAGAAACCGUUACCGGGGCAAUUGUGGAUAAAUCUUCUCCAUAUGGCGUUAUUGGUUAUUGGAUACAAGUGCUAAUUCCUAACGAUUUAAUUCCUCGAAUGUUGGAAGAUUUCCAUAACCUGCAAUUGGAUGAUAGUACGAAACAUCAGGAGUUUCAUUGGCCCGAUUACAAAUUAAAGUUAAUAAUUGAUAAUCCUCAAAUGAUGAACCCUACUGGUGUAUAAAAAUUAUGUAAUAUUGCAAUUCAACGAUUUAUAUACAAUAUUUUGUAAUUAUUUUUUUAUAUGAUUAGAAAUGUUGUAAAUAGAAUUGAAGCAUAAAUAUUUUGUCUAUAAAAAUUGCUCGAAUAUGAAUUUAUGAUAAUGUUUUUAUGAUGCUGGGAAAAUUAUAUAAAUUAUGUACACAAAUCAUAUAUUCACAUGUGCAUACUAAUUAUUCAUGUUCGAAUUAUAUAGCGACAUAAAAUUCAAACAAUUAUAAAUUUUAAUUUGUUUGUACUAUACGCCUGACCUAAAUGCACUCUCUUAUAACUUUCUGUAAGAAAUAUUAUUGAAAUUUGUAACCAUCAUCUGUAAAAUAAAUAAUAUAUAUAAUAAUAUAUAAAAUAUAAUAUUUUAAUAUUA